AUGGAUUUGUAUAAGCUAUACACAGCCGUCACCAGCCGUCGCUCCAAUAGCGCACCCCAAGACCGCGAUGAUGCGCCGCAACCGCAGCUGCAGCACAACCCCGGCGAGGCCUCGGCAACGGAACUCGAACAGCUCCCGCGCGCGCCCGCAGCGACGCAUUUCACAACUAACGGCGACGAAAUCAGCAUCAAGCCGCGCAAGCUCGACAGACUCACAAAACUCAGCGCCCUCGUCAACGUGGCCGGCCUCAGCCGCAGUCGCGGUCGCAGCCCAGCAUCCCGGUCCCGCACCGCCCGCGGCGCGCAGCACGGCCAGGAGAGUACGCUCCUCGAUCGCUUCUUCGCCCUCCCACCCGAGCUGCAGUUCACGGUGCUCUCCUACCUCGACUUUGGUGACUUGGAACGUCUGCGCCGGACCUGCCACGUCUUCCGCGCCAGCAUCACGCCCCAAGUCGUCCGCUCGCUGCUGCAUCCGAACUUUAACCACCACAUGCACUUGACCUGCCGCAUCUGCCUCACGCAGUCGCGGGAUCACAGCGGCACGACGCUCCUCUGCACCGACAAGUCUGACGCCCGCUGGCCGCUGUCCAGCCGAUGCAUCAACUGCGUCUGGGACCAAAAGGGCUUCGAUGUUGGGAAAAAGUACCUCCUGGGCAACCAUUCGGCCGCAUUUGUCUGCCGCUGGUGCGGAUACCCCAUCGCCGCGCACCCGGCGUGGAACCAGCCGGAAUUCCAUAAGCGGUGUUUUAAGCGCUACACGCAGGUCGUCUUCUUGUAUUAUCUUACGGGGGUGGCCCAGUGGCUUGUCGUCUUGAUCGCCUCGGGCAUGUGCUGGCGCUACUUUCCAUCACGCGCUAUGUGGGUGGCAGGUGUAGUUUCGGCCGGGUUCGUUGUGACUGUGUGGAACUAUUGUCUCUGUGCCAUUCGCGGUACCUUGAUGCGCACGUACCAUUUUGCCUUGGUUUUGGAAGCCCUCAUUUUUGCCUCGUGGUUCCCGCCACUCCUGAAGCUCUAUCGUAUCAACAGCCAGCGGACACCGUACCGCGCCAUGAACUCGUACGAGAUGGCCAUGGUCGUCUUUAUCCUGUUCAAUCUCAUCUGUCGCGGCAUCAAUAUUAUCGGCAACGCCAUUCUCCUGUGCGAGUACAAGCUGUGGCGCCACAAGAAGCCGGACAUGUCGCCGGCCCGUCGCACCUGGAUCCGCACCAUAGAGCUGUUUAUUUUCUUUGUCGAGCCGCAGUCGGUCGAGCAUGAAUAUCCAGCCAAGUGGUGGUUCACCAGGCGCAGGGUGCCGGCACCCGAACAGGAUGACUGGCCGGAAAUCGUGGGCAUCACGGCACCGGAGCACCAGCGGCAGCACCAUCAAUACGAGUUGUAUCUGCAGCAGCUGGAACAUUUGCAUGACCUGCAACAUCUGAACCAGCAGCAGCAGCAGCAUCUGAACCAACACCACCACCAGCAACAGCACGGUGCUGGACCCUUUGAGCUCGGCGCUGGUCACAAUAUCGUGCCAGCACCGUAA